AUGUUUAGAGUAGAAUUAACUAGGAUAGCUGGCAAUAAUGCCAAGCUUAAAAACCCAACGAGGAGACUGUUUUGGAAUUGGUUUAGCAGUGGACUGGGGAAGGGUCCCGAGACAAGAGAGCCAAAUCAGAUGUUUUUAUCGAUACGGAAUGAGAAUGAGAUGACAGAUACGUUGAUUGCCAGUAGUAAGACCCCGUUGAUUAUGAAUUUUACGAUGAGGAACAAUGCCCCUUGUGAUAAACUUACGGGUGCCCUAAACAGAAUUGUAACAUUGGAAACCGACAAGAAAGUGAACGUAGUAGACGUCGAGACCGAUUGGUCAGGUACGAAGGAGUGUACGUUGCGGUUUGGUGUCAAUAACAUCCCAAUGCUUGUGGCAGUGAGGAAAACUUUUCCCGUAGAUUACUAUACGCCCAAGGAUUUGACCAACCAAGACGUAGACUGGUAUGGGUUGAAAGCGUGGAUCGAGAAGAACGCUGAUCCAUAG